AUGUCAACAACAGAGAACACAACAACAGUUAUAGUCCAUGAAGCUAUAAAUGAAGAAUACGAGUACAUACAGUUUAACAAACAACUCCGUCUCAUUCGUUCAGUCAAAGAUGACAUGUACCAAAUGCAAAGUAUUUUGACAGCAUGUUUUGCUCCAGAUACUAAGAAACCACAAGACUGGUUUAGGAACCAAAGCACUAUUGAACUAUUAAAUGAAGCUGAAAAUUCGACUACGAGAAAUCCCGUAGUCGCAAAAACUCGAGUGGGAGAAAAACCCCAGUCGCCAAAACUCUAUGAAAAUCGUGAAAAAUUGCCAAACGGUUUGAGAGGAUAUUAUGUACAUAGACUUCUUGUAAAUGCUGUUGCAAUGUGGGCUUCGCCUCGUUAUGCUUGGUAUAUUUACAGACUUCUUGACGAAAUUCAUAGACAAGAACGUGAAGAGAUGGAAAACAAGCUUGAAGCAAAAGACAAAAGCAUUCAGAAAAGAAUACCACGUUCGGUACCAAAAGGAAAGGAAAAGAACUAUAAGUAUAUGAUUUAUACUGAAGAGAUGGAAAAUGAAGAAGAUAAAGAUAUGGUUAUGUUGCAUUUAGUCAGAAGAAACAACAAAAGCUUUUACGACCUUGCUAAGAUUUACAAAUCUGACAGAAAUUGGUUCUAUCGCGAAAACUUACCGAUUUCAAUGACCCCAAAUGAAGAUGUGAAACAAAUAGUUCAAGAUACGUUACCUCAAACACACUAUGAUAUGAAAGGUUGUACAAUACUUACCUUCAAAGAAGACUUACCGCUACUGAAAGAAAAAAUAACAGA